AUGAGGUUCCGCAUUAUCGGCGGUAGACGGUUUCAUAAUAUUUCGAAUUCAGAAUAUUUUAUUCCGAAUGAUGACGAAGAAGCUGAUCGUUUAAUUAGAUAUCAUGAUGCAAUAAAAGAUAUUUGGGGAGGAUUGUUUCAUUCGCCUGUUGAAGAGAAGUUGAGACAAGGAGCGCGUGUUAUUGAUUUUGGAUGUGGAGCUGGAGCUUGGAUUUUGGAUAUGGCAAAACAAUAUCCAAAUUCAAUGUUUGUGGGAAUAGACAUAUCUCCAAUUUUUCCAACAGAAUUUCCUUUAAAUGUGGAGUUUAUCGAGUAUAAUGUGUUAGAUGGAUUACCAUAUGAAGAUGCGUCUUUCGAUUUCAUUCACCAAAAAUUCAUGGCUGGUGCUUUUACGGAAGCACAAUGGGAAGAGAAAGUUAUACCGGAAAUGACAAGGUUAACUCGACCAAAUGGAUGGGUUGAGAUGUUAGAAAGUGAUAAUUUUAUAUCUGAUGGAAACGCUACAAAUAGAAUUUCAAAAGCACUCCAGAAUUUCUUUACGUCGAAGGGAAUGAACUGUAGAAUUGGGGAAGAGAUUCCGUGCCUUCUUGAAAAUACAAACGCGUUUUCGGAAAUUAAAAAUAAAAAAAAAACUAUAAUUUUAGGCAAGAAAGGUGGUAAGUCUGGGGAAGAGACUUUAAAAUUUUGUACUGCAGGUCUCAGCUCUUGCAGAAUCUUUUUAUCAGCUAAUAUGAAUAUAAUGCCCGAACAUUAUGACGCUCUUGUAGAAACGUUCUCUAUUGAGGCGGAAAAAACUACUAGUUGUUAUAACCAAUAUCGAAUUUGUGGUCAUAAGAAGAUAUGA